CAAAGCACCCUCUACAUCCAAGAAUGUGGCGCAAAAGGUCGUGGCGUGAUCACUCGGACCUUGAUCCCUGCACGGACAGUCAUUGAUAUUUCUCCUGUUUUAUUGUUCCCUUCAGAAGAAUAUUCUCAACAUGGUCAAUACACUCAAUUGGAUCAUUAUACAUAUCGAUGGAAGAAGGGCAGCAUGGCUCUUGCAUUGGGCCUUGGAAGUAUGUUCAACCAUUCCAAUAUGCCAAAUGUAGGAUUUCAGCGAGAUUUCAAUAACAAAUUGAUCCGAUACACUACUCUCCGAGAGAUCCAACCUAAUGAAGAACUUUGUAUUUCUUAUGGACCUAACCUUUGGUUC